GGUUUCUUCGCAACAACGCAAGGAAACAAGAUGGAGGGGUCGGACAAUGGUAGUGUCCGCUCUGAAAGCGCUGGAGAGCCCUUUCAGGACGUAUCAACCGAAACUCUACAGCAGCAAGUGAUAGAGACCAAGUAAUAAACCCUUUUAUUUUAUUAAUUGGAGAGAUUUAAGUAGUAAUGAUUGCUAAAAUUACUUACAUAAUUGUAUUUGUAAUAAAUCACACCAACUGUCAAAAGUGACUAACACUGGCGUCACUGGGGCACACACUUUACACAGUAAAUUAUUGAGUAAUCUCAAUUUUUUUGUAUUUAGUAUGUUUUCCUAAAUUGAUGUUAACUGUUAAGUAUAUACAAUAAACCUAGUAUCCACCUAAAUUCUUUCACCCAGACCUAAGCAAGGCAACAAUUUCAAUUACAAAAAUUAAAAUACUAGUUACUAGUAGACCAAUCUAUUCCAAAAGACCAAAGAGGUCCUAGGCCUAUAUUUGAGAAUGUCAUGUGGCACUGUUCUCACUCUCACCGUUAUGUUUAUAAGAUCCUUUAAAAAUUAAAGGGUAAUUGCAAAUUGAGAUCAGAUUUCAGUUGUUUAAUCGAAAUCACAAUUAAGAAUUCUGCCAAAUUACAUGGCUGUACUCUAUCAUAACUUGGAGAUGAGUUUUUGAAGAAGUUUUGAAAAAAAAAUGCUUAAAAAAAUUAUACCUAAAGUUUUUUAAAGGUAAAGAUAUUAACUUACAUAUUUUUUUUUAUUGAUCUAUUUAGUAGAAAAAUGGAUGAGAUUUGUUUAAAAGUAUGAGUGUGGACUUGGAAUGACGAACAAAACCACAAAAUUAAACUGUUAUGUUUUCAAUGUUUUUGUUUCAAACAAGUAACUUAAACAUAUAUAUAUAUACAUAAAUACAAGUUCUCAAUCAGGUAUUGACUUUCUGCUUGUGUCCGGAACACGGUUCAUAAACACAUACUCUCCUACAGUCAGUGUCUCUGCGUAUGCGCGCUGCUUCACCUGGCUGGCUAUCGGUACGGUCUAGUCCACUAGUCCACCAUAACAAAAAUGGAUGAGAUUUGUUUAAAAGUGUGGAGUGUGGACUUGGAAUGACGAACAAAACCACAAAAUUAAACUUUAUAAAUUACCUAUUAAGUCUUAAGCUGAAUUAAGUUAUAAUUAUUAUGGUAAAUAAUGAUUGUUUUCACUGUUAUGAAUUUAAUGAACAUGUUAACUAUUGUUGACAUAUUUAUUUUCAUACCUUCCUAGAAUAUAUAUGAUAUAUGCUAACAUAUAAAAUCCGCACAUCUACUUUUUUAAAAUUAAAAAUUCCAUUUAAAAAUUAUAUUAUUGCUAGUUAUACGACAUUCUUAAUUAACAAAAUAAAAAAUAUAUUCACUAUGUUACUGUUACGUGGCAUCAUAAAUUGUGAAUUACAAAUUGUAUCUAAAAAAUACCAUAAAUUUUUGUAUUUUCUUAAGUUCAUACAUUAAAUAUACACUGAAUUUUAGUAUUUAAUUUGUCCUGUCCAGUUGAUCUCAUUCUUGAUGUUCCACUCCUUACAUUUCUUUUCUUUGCACCACUGAACAUACAAAAUCAUUACAAGACUCAUAAAAAUAUCAUUACUUUUAAUUCUCUAGGUAUGAUAGAAAUUAUUGUAUAUUCAAUAGCUCGCAUAAUAAAACACCCAAUAACGGUGCUAAUUGAGAUCCUUAAGUAUUUUUCAAGUGCGUUUGGUGCCUAAUUUUUUUUUUACAUUACAUUAAUUGUCUCAGUUUAAAUAUGGUGUAAUGAAUCUGCCAUGUAAAAGGGUGUUGGUCAUUAGAAUAUUAAAAAAGUGUAUACCCUGGGGGUGUAUCAAUAUUUUGGAUUUUUAUAAAGUUCAUUACUUGAGUGCAUGUUUUUUCAAUGGCCUAUAGCAGAUGGAGAGUUCAAGCAUUGCAGCCACCAUUGUUUGGCAGGCUGUAACUAGUAAUAUUAUAAAAAAAUAUAAAUUUUCUUUUUCCAAACAGUCAUGCUAUUGAAACAUUGCAAGCUGAAACUCUUAUGUUCGAGAAGUAUCUUGAACGAUCAGAACCACCAGAUAGCCCAUUAUUAUCAAGUUACCAUGGCAAGCAGAUGAGAACCGAACAUAAUUUAGCACAACGUGUGCGUGCCAAGACUCGCUCAAGUGCUGUAGAUAAAUCCUUAAAAUUAACACCAGAACAAAAAUGUGAUAUUGCCCAAAGAGAAAUUGAAGAGCUGCGCGAUGACAUUAAUAGGCUGAGAGAUGAUUCAGAAAAAGUGUUGGACACCCUUAAGGUAUGGAUAUUACUUAUUUACAAUAUUUAUUUGAAUCGGCAACUCAAUGAAUAGAUUACACAAACAAGUGAUGUUUGUAAGACUAUGUGUUGUUGCUGAUUAUACCUACUGCUGCUUGUAAGACUUCUCUACUGCUGUUUUUAAGACUACCUGGUUAUGUUUGUUAUUUUCUUUACAAUUAAUAUAAUCAUCUUUAAUUUUUUUAAUUCAGAACCUUCAUAAUCAUUUUAUGGUAAGAUGAACUUAAAGAAUGAAAUAACUCAAAUUAUUAUUUUUUAGGCUAUCAUGGAAGAAGCUGAUAUAAGAUUGUCUGAGGUGAAAAAAGAAUCCUAUGAAUUUGAAAGAGAUAUUGUUAAAGGUUCUGUGAAUCACCGCACAAAUAAAGUGAUAGCUGAAAAAUGCAUGAGAUAUUUUGAGGACAAACUUAGGACCCGGGUAUGUAAACAACUUUAAUAAGGGAUAAAGUCAAAAACAUGUUUUCAUGUGACCUUUGCCUUGUUUUGAAAUUAAAUUAUUAAAAUAAUAAAGUCCUAUUUAUUUGACUUGGGCAUACUAGCUGUGUCAAGAAAAUAAUAUAUAUGUUUUGUCAAAAACAUAAAAAAUAUGAUUUAUACAUAUUUGUAAGUUUGUGCUUUAUGUUCUAUCCCCAAAAAUCUAAUUUAACUUAAUUUCCUAUCGCUGGCAACAAAAAUUCAUCUUAAUGAACAAGAAUGUAAAAAAAUUAUAAUGAAAAGGUGAUACUCCCCAGCUAUGGAUCAAACCAAGAAUUGCUUAUUUUGCUUGUUUUGAGAUAUUGGAGGUCCACAAAAUUGUCUUCUGUAGAAAAGUCUGGAAAGUUAUUUAACAGUGGUAUUUUUUUAAUUCUAUGUUUGAAAAUGUUUGAUAAAAACAUGGAAAUAUACCGGGGAGUCAAAGAGUUAAAUUAGCUUAAAAAACUUACUAUGUAGAUGGUAUUCCAUGAUGUCAUCUAAUUGAAUUUUUUAUAAAUUACAAAAUUAUUUAUAAUCAAUUAAAAAAAAAAUAUGCAGUUAGCCAUAAUGUCGAGGCAGUCAAAUUUUAAAAACAUGCUUGAAAAAACUGUGCUAUUUGACUAAACUCAGACGUAAACACUAAAAAAAUAUUAAAAUAUAACUUGUAAAGAAUACAGACUUUAUAUAAAAUAUACUAUUUAUUGCCUUUUUCAUAUCUUUAGGAUGCUUUAAUUGAAAAGCUUCGACUUAAAAAUGCUCAACUCAAAGUUCAGAAGAAGAAGCUCAUGAUGCAGUUGAGGCAGGUAGGCAUCCUAUCAUAAAUGUUAUAAUUUUAGUGCUGUGACCCCUUGGCGACCCACAGCCAGGAUUAUGCCUGGGAAUUUAAAAUGAGUGUUGAGAAGUUAAUAUCACUGUUAGACUUUUCAGUUUCAGUUUCUUUUAAAGCCAAACUUUUUUAGUUGCCACUGUCAUUUUGUAACAUUAAAUCGUUAAUAUUCACAUCUGAAGUAAACAUUUUAUUCUUGAAACCAACUGCUACAAAUAAUUCUGUGUUAACAAGAUAUUUUAUUAGAGCCCAUCAAUACUAUGUCUCUCUAUGAUUUCUUUCAAAACAAAAUGUUUGCUAUUUUAAAAAAAAUAUGUAGGAAUAUAAAGAAUUUUCAAUAUAAAAAAAAAAAUGAAAACAAAACCAGUCCUGAAGUCUCCAAAAAACCUUGUACUCAGUCUCCCAAAAACCUAGUACACAGACUCCAAAAAAACCUCUACUCAGACUCCCAAAAACCCUGUACAAAGACUCAAAAAAACCCUGUACACAAAGUCCCAAAAACUCUGUAUGAAAUAAAACACUAAAAAAUUAUGAUAUGCCAAAAAAAAUUCCACUUAACAAUUUCAAAUGAGUUACCAUUGUAAACUUAUGUACGGAUUGAAUUCCAAACAAGAGGUUAGCAGACAUUCUGAUAAGUGAUGCCAUUUUUGAACAAAUUAAACUUUAAAAAAAAUGAUAACCUGGUCCUUUCUUGUUGAAAAGACAUUUACAUUGUAAACACUAAAGUACUAACAAUAGGAUACAUUUUCUUAAUUAUUCUUAAAACGUUACCAGUGUCAUUGUAACCCAGUGUGAGAACUAUCUUCCUAAUUCAUGAUGAAUUUCCUUUUCAGAAAGAAGAGAUGGGAGAGGUUCUCAAUGAAGUUGACUUCAAUCAACUCAAGAUAGAAAACCAGCAAUUUCUGGAGAAAAUUGAUGAAAGAAAUCAAGAUCUUUUGAGGCUAAAACUGAUGGCUGGGAACACACUGCAGGUGUUAAACUCCUACAAGGUAGGCUGGGAACACACUUCAGGUCUUAAACUCAUACAAGGUAGGCUGGGAAAACACUGCAGGUGUUAAACUCCUACAAGGUAGGCUGGGAACACACUUCAGGUCUUAAACUCCUACAAGGUAGGCUGGGAACACACUGCAGGUCUUAAACUCAUACAAGGUAGGCUGGGAACACACUUCAGGUCUUAAACUUAUACAAGGUAGGCUGGGAACACACUGCAGGUGUUAAACUCCUACAAGGUAGGCUGGGAACACACUUCAGGUCUUAAACUCAUACAAGGUAGGCUGGGAACACACUGCAGGUGUUAAACUCGUACAAGGUAGGCUGGGAACACACUGCAGGUCUUAAACUCCUACAAGGUAGGCUGGGAACACACUUCAGGUCUUAAACUCAUACAAGGUAGGCUGGGAACACACUGCAGGUCUUAAACUCAUACAAGGUAGGCUGGGAACACACUUCAGGUCUUAAACUCCUACAAGGUAGGCUGGGAACACACUUCGGUCUUAAACUCAUACAAGGUAGGCUGGGAACACACUUCAGGUCUUAAACUCCUACAAGGUAGGCUGGGAACACACUUCAGGUUUUAAACUCAUACAAGGUAGGGUGGGAACACACUGCAGGUCUUAAACUCAUACAAGGUAGGCUGGGAACACACUUCAGGUGUUAAACUCCUACAAGGUAGGCUGGGAACACACUUCAGGUCUUAAAAUCAUACAAGGUAGGCUGGUAACACACUGCAGGUCUUAAACUCAUACAAGGUAGGCUGGGAACACACUGUAGGUCUUAAACUCAUACAAGGUAGGCUGGGAACACACUGCAGGUGUUAAACUCCUACAAGGUAGGCUGGGAACACACUUCAGGUCUUAAACUCAUACAAGGUAGGCUGGGAACACACUGCAGGUCUUAAACUCAUACAAGGUAGGCUGGGAACACACUUCAGGUGUUAAACUCCUACAAGGUAGGCUGGGAACACACUUCAGGUCUUAAAAUCAUACAAGGUAGGCUGGGAACACACUGCAGGUGUUAAACUCAUACAAGGUAGGCUGGGAACACACUGCAGGUCUUAAACUCAUACAAGGUAGGCUGGGAACACACUGCAGGUGUUAAACUCCUACAAGGUAGGUUGGGAACACACUUCAGGUCUUAAACUCAUACAAGGUAGGCUGGGAACACACUGAAGGUCUUAAACUCAUACUAGGUAGGCUGGAAACACACUGCAGGACUAAAACUCGUACAAGGUAGGCUGGGAACACACUGCAGAUCUUAAACUCACACAUGAUAGGCACAACACACUGCAGUCUUAGUUUCUUAAAAUAUAAGAUAAUAGUCUUAACUUAAAAAAAAAGGUUUUCAAAGCUAAUUAAUAAUUACUUCUAGAUCAGUGUUUAGAUAAGACCUCUAUUGGAAAACCUCAAAAAUAAAUUGCGAUUGAGAAGAAAAAAACAUGUGAGAUUUCUAUACCUUUACUUACUGAGCUGAUAUUUGUUACAUUAACAAAAAUACAUGAGCUUUUAGCUCUUUUAAUUACUUAGAUAUUUUGCCCACUCUUAAAAACUGCUACCUCUUACAAAAGAGUCUGAGAGACUGAAAAGUGAUAUUAGCUUUGAGAUUUCCGUUCCCUUACUGACAUAGAUGAUAUUUUGUUCAUUCAGAAAAAGCUGCUAACUCUUACAAAAGAAUCUGAGAGACUGAAGAGUGAAAUUAACUUCCGUCAAGAUAUGGAUUCCAGAAUUCAAGCUGAGACAUCAGUAGCUGAAACAGUACGUGUUGAGCUACGUGUAAUUUUAUUACCCUUCUACUUCUGUAUCAUGCCAUAGUGUAAAAAUACUUGUUUCCUUAUGUCCAGUUUGAUUUCACAUCAUUAAGGAUUGCUCGAUUAUGUCCAGUUUGAUUUCACAUCAUUAAGGAUUGCUCGAUUAUGUCCAGUUUGAUUUCACAUCAUUAAGGAUUGCUGGAUUUUGUCCAGUUUGAUUGCUGGAUUAUGUCCAGUUUGAUUUCACAUCAUUAAGGAUUGCUCGAUUAUGUACAGUUUGAUUUCACAUCAUUAAGGAUUGCUGGAUUAUGUCCAGUUUGAUUGCUGGAUUAUGUCCUGUUUGAUUUCACAUCAUUAAGGGUUGCUGGAUUAUGUCUAGUUUAAUUGCUGGAUUUUGUCCAGUUUGAUUGCUGGAUUAUGUCCAGUUUGAUUUCACAUAAUUAAGGAAUAUGAAAGAGUUUUCUGAUACUCAAUUAGUUUAUUUUUCUUCAAGUACUAGUAAACUUACACCAGUAAUCUAACUUGCUCCAUUAAUAUUCUUACUUACACCAGUAAUAUAACUUACUUGUUUAAUAUUCUUUCUUACACCAGUAAUCAUAGUUACUCCAUUAAUAUUCUUUCUUACACCAGUAAUCAUAGUUACUCCAUUAAUAUUCUUACUUACACCAGUAAUCUUUCUUAUUCCAUAAUAAUCCCUUUUUACACCAGUAAUCUUUCUUACUCCAUAAAAUUCUUACUUACACCAGUAAUCAUAGUUUCUCCAUUAAUAUUCUUACUUAUACCAGUAAUUUUACUUACACCAUUAACAUUCUUACUUACACCAAUAUUCUUACUUACACCAGUAAUCUUACUUACUCCAUUAAUAUUCUUAAUUACACCAGUAAUUUUACUUACUCCAUAAAAUUCUUACCUACACCAGUAAUAUUUCUUACUCCAUUAAUAUUCUUACUUACACCAGUAAUCUUACUUACUCCAUUAAUAUUCUUACUUACACCAGUAAUCUCACUUCACCAUUAAUAUUCUUACUUACACCAGUAAUCUCACUUACACCGGUAAUCUCACUUACUAACACCAGUAAUCUCAGUUACUUACACCAGUAAUCUCACUUACUUACACCAGUAAUCUCACUUACUUACACCAGUAAUCUCUCUUACUAACACCAGUAAUCUCCACCUUCUUACACCAGUAAUCUCACUUACUUACACCAGUAAUCUCACUUACUUACACCAGUAAUCUCACUUACACCAGUAAUCUUUCUUAAGAUGUGUUUAAAACUGGUGCUUCUUCUCCUUUUGAUUCAUUUUACUCUGUAUUUCUUCAGGAAAGAGCCAAAGCUGAACAGAUGAACAAGAAAUUGCGCAAGCAGCUGAGCAACUUCAAGGUGCCCAGUGUCAUGGAAUAUGUCAAAGAGAAGGCAUCCAUGUAUGAGCUCAAUAAAAAAGUCAAGAGCUGGGAAAGGAAGGUCGACAUAGCAGAGGUGAUUCAAUGAAGUUUUAAAUUGUACACCAUUGAGCAUUUGACGUUCUUGACAUUGUGAGGAAGCAAAAGAGGUGUUUGUGUUCUACAAUUAAAAUCAUACUUAAAAGAUUUAAUAAUUGCAUUUUAGGCUUUUUCUUUUUGUGAGCCAUUAUUUUAGGUUUUGUGCACAUCAAAGAGAGGUGAGAAUCAUGCUUUUAUGUUGUGCACAUCAAAGAGAGGUGAGAAUCAUGCUUUUAUGUUGUGCACGUCAAAGAGAGGUGAGAAUCAUGCUUUUUAUGUUGUAUCAAAUUGUUAGACCAUUACACCUCAUGAUGUUUUUAUCAGUCGGCAUGAAUCUCUUUAAUUCUAGAUGGCGCUGAAGACGCAUCGUAAGACCUGGCAACAAAUUGUGGCCAGAGGAGCGUUCUCCCGUGAUCAGUGGCAGGGAGCCAUACAAGUUUAACAUGGAUGAACAUUUCACUGGGGUAAACAUAACAAACAAAUUGUGAACAUGUGUUUUUAAACUUUUAAAUGCAUUUUAUUAUUUUGGUCUAGAUGAGUUUUAUUGUUGGUCAAAAUUUCAGCCUUAAGUUGGCUUAUUUAAUAAAAAAAAUAAGAUUUGAAAUUUUCUGGUUUUAUUGUUUUAAGCAAAUGUUAAGACAACAAUAAUUUUGACAGUAUCUAUGUUUUCCAUCCAACAUUGUGGGUAUAAUUGACAAAAUGAUAUAUAUAGAGAUUUUAAAAUUAGGGCUUUAAAUAGUCUUUAAUUUUUUAUCAAGGUAAAAAAAAAAAAAAUACAAUUUGUCCAUUCACUGCAGAUGUUUCUCAAGGGAUGUUCAAUUUAAACUCAGUGCUCUCCCUCAGUGGCGUCGCUAGGGGGGUGUGGGGGGUGCGGACCGCACCGGAUGUCACCAUGACAGGGGUGACACCAAAUUGAAAAAUUUCAUACUUGCAGAGCACACGCUGCUCGGUCUAACCGAAUUUCAUUAAAGGAAAAGCCAUCACGUGUACAUUUACCACUCAAGUUACCAAUCCAAAUGCGUGGUUUUUAAAAGUUCAAGUCUGAUGCGUCAGAAAUGAGGUGACCCUAUAAUUAGAUCACAAAUACACUGUUUUGACCAUGAUUCAACAUCAAUUCUAUUAUGGAAUUUCUGUGGAGAGAAGAUUAAGAUUUAAGAAGAGAGUGGACAAUUAAAAGGUGCUGGACAGUCUCUGCGAGUAGGAAACAGUACGGAGCCAGUGGGCUGUAUUUAUCGCCUGGGUUAACUCUAGAUCAGAUUAUCAGCAAUUAAGGAAGUAACUGAUAUGUUUAGGGCUGUUCAACUCAAGAGCCUACUAUCAGCAAGUGAAGUAGAGUUAUUGUUGUCUGUUUCCAAAUUAACUUUCUUCUAUGUCGAGGUAUCAGAAGUUGAACUUUUAAAAGAAAUACCAGGCUUGAAUUUCACAAAGUCAAGGACGGGUCAGUAUUUGAGUUUGAGGUUUUCAAAUUCAUAGCUGAAUAGAAUCUCUUCAAUACUCUCGCUCAGCCUUUCAUGGUUUCUUAAGAUAUUUGUGUAUGUGGCUUCAUGUGAGCAGAUCUUUUCAAAACUAAGGCUUAUCAAGAACUAUUUACUAUCCACCAUGAUACAGUCAAGGAUUUCUGAUUUGGCUCUACUAGCAAUUGAAGGAGAUAUGGUGAAGGAUAAUGAUUUUGAUCAAGUGAUUGACAGAUUUGCCACUUUAAAGACCAGGAAAUGAAUUUUGUAAAGUAAAUUUAAUGUAAAAUAACUAUAACUUAAAGUUGUUACUGCUCUUAUAUAAAUUGACCUGCUGACCUUAAAUUAAUUUGCUUUUGUACUUGUCAAUGUUAUAUUGUGGACUUUUUUGAAGAAGAAAUCCAUCGUGGAAGUGACACCAUGAGUUUACCGCACCGGGUCACACCAACCCUAGCUAUGCCACUGCUCUCCCUUCUAUGGUCUUUGCUAUGCGUUGACUGAUGUGUUAUCUCGCCUUAUGCUGUUAUGUUAUGUGGCCAAUGAGCCAGAACAAUGAGUCAGUUCACUCCCAAAUUGACAUUGAGAAUGGAUAAAUACAAACACGUGGGCAAAAGAAAUCAGGCAACUCAGUAUUAGUAUUUAUUAAGGACUUCUCAAACCAUUCCAGGGCCUUGUUGGCAUACGUUGAGUGACCAAAAUAUGUAACAACAAUUUCAUAUCAUUUUAGUAUUUAAAUUGCAUGUAAUUUCAUUUAAGAGACAUUUCAAAGUGAGAUGAGAAUCUAUUGUUAUGUCAGCUGCUAGUGUAUUUGUUUUUGACAAGACCAAACACAUUCUCAGCCAGGGUACUUGAUGCUGUUUUGGGAAUGAUUAUUUAAAAAUCUCUCUUGCCGUAACAAAUAAUUACAACAUUGACAGGAAGGUAAAAUUUUUUAAUUUUAUUUUCAGAAAACAAAAUUUCUGUACUGAGCACAACAUAUUUAAAUGACCAAAACAUUUUCUUUUGCUAUUUUAAAAUUAUUGUUUAAGAUAUCUGUUCAUUAGCUUUGUCUUAGCUUAAAGUUUUUUUUUAAGUCCAAAGGAUGUUUCUACUUAUUUGAAGACAAAAUUUAACCAAAUUCAUAAUGCAUAAGGUCAGUUACAGUGCAUAUUACAACUGACAAAAAUAUAUUUCACUGAGGUGAUUUUUGAAGCUUUUCAUUUUAUGAAUAUUUACAACCUAAAGGUUUGGCUUUGUAUAAAUAUUUACAACCUAUAGGUUCAGCUUUGUUUGCUUUAAUUUUAAAAUGUUGACAAUGAUAAUAAAAAAAAUGUUAUAAAUAAAAUUUUUGACAAGGGAAACUUGAAAAACAAACUUGUUAUGUUUUAAAUUUCUAUAAACUUGGUGACUUAUGAUUCCUUCUGUUUAUACAUUUGAAUAAUAUUGGAAUAGAAAUUUCUGGCAUCCGUCCGUCACAAUGUGAUGAUGGUGUAGACUCUUUAGGACGAAAUCCACAAGGACUAAGGUUAUUCUUUU